UUUCAGUUUCAACUCUCUGCUUCCCUUUUAAUAUCUCACUCCCAUGAUCUCCUUUAUAUCUUUAGGCAGACACCGCAAAGCAACGCUCUCAACAACAAACAACAAAACAAACUGAAACCCAACUCACUCCACGCCAACUCUCAAAUAUUCCUACAUUCAAUCUGCUCUUGCGAUCCGCUGAGACUGAAAUUCAUGGCCGCCACCUCCCAAUUCACCCUUGCUUUGAAUCCACCACACUCCUUUUCGCACUCCUAUUCCUUUCCUUCUCUUAUUGGUCUCAGUAGCAGGUAUCGCCAAUCCAAGUUUCUGCUCCUUUCCACCUCUUCCUGGCGAUCGCCGAAGCGGACAUUUCUCGUAAGGAAUGUGUCCAGUGAGCCCAAGCUCAAGGAUCCGGUUGCUGAUGAAGAAUCUCCAACGGCUGCAACUGCUUUUGCGCCCGACGCCUCAUCUAUUGCCUCAAGUAUUAAGUACCAUGCAGAGUUUACUCCUUUAUUUUCUCCCGAUCGGUUUGAUCUUCCUAAGGCCUUCUUUGCUACUGCACAAAGUGUUCGAGAUGCUCUUAUCAUUAAUUGGAAUGAGACAUUUGAACUUUACGAAAGGUUGAAUGUCAAGCAGGCAUAUUAUUUAUCCAUGGAAUUUCUGCAGGGUAGGGCACUGUUGAAUGCAAUUGGCAAUUUGGAGCUCACUGGUCCAUAUGCAGAGGCAUUGAGCAAGCUUGGAUAUGAAUUAGAAAAUGUUGCUUCCCAGGAACCAGAUGCUGCUCUUGGAAAUGGGGGCCUUGGGCGGCUCGCCUCCUGCUUUUUGGAUUCCUUGGCAACUCUAAAUUACCCAGCAUGGGGUUAUGGACUAAGGUACAAGUAUGGCUUAUUCAAACAGAAAAUCACUAAAGAUGGUCAGGAGGAGGUUGCUGAAAAUUGGCUCGAGAUUGGUAACCCUUGGGAAAUUGUGAGAAAUGAUAUUAAAUAUCAUAUAAAGUUCUAUGGAAAAGUUGUUAUUGGAUCAGAUGGGAAAAAGAACUGGACUGGUGGAGAGGAUAUAGAGGCUGUAGCACAUGACGUUCCAAUUCCAGGAUAUAAAACAAAAAAUACAAUCAACCUGCGACUUUGGUCCACUAAAGCUCCAACCGAAGAUUUUGAUUUAGCUGCUUUCAAUGCCGGAGAGCACAGUAGAGCAUCAGAGGCUCUUGCAAGUGCUGAAAAGAUUUGCCAUGUGCUAUACCCUGGUGAUGAUUCAAUUGAAGGAAAGAUUCUUCGACUGAAGCAACAGUAUACUUUAUGUUCAGCAUCUCUCCAGGAUAUAGUUGAACGCUUCGUGAGAAGAUCUGGUGCAAACAUAAAAUGGGAAGAAUUUCCUGAGAAAGUUGCUGUGCAGAUGAAUGACACUCACCCAACUCUAUGCAUUCCAGAGCUCAUGAGAAUCUUAUUGGAUUUGAAGGGUUUAAGCUGGGAGGAAGCCUGGAAUGUUACUCAAAGAACUGUGGCUUACACAAAUCAUACUGUUCUACCUGAGGCAUUGGAGAAAUGGAAUUUUGAACUCAUGCAGAGAUUGCUUCCCCGACAUGUUGAGAUCAUAGAACUGAUUGAUGAAGAGCUUAUUCGAACUAUUAUUUCAGAAUAUGGUACGGCAGAUCUUAAGCUGUUACGUGAAAAGCUGAAGGAGUUGAGAAUUUUAGAAAAUGUUGAUUUGCCAGCUGCCUAUUCCGAUUUAUUUAUUGAACCUGAAGAAAGUUCAACCAUUGCAUCGACUGAAGUACUUAAAAGGUCCAAAGAAGCUGAUUCUGUUGAUAAAGAUGAAUUUGUUGAGGUAGAUGAUGAGCUGGAAAGCAAAGGCAUUCAGGAUAAAAAAGUGGAACCUACUCCACCACCACCACCGCCAAAGAUGGUUCGAAUGGCUAAUCUAUCUGUUGUAGGUGGUCAUGCAGUUAACGGGGUUGCAGAGAUACACAGUGAAAUAGUAAAGGACGAAGUGUUUAAUGCAUUUUAUAAGUUAUGGCCAGGAAAGUUUCAAAACAAAACCAAUGGAGUGACACCUAGAAGAUGGAUUCUUUUCUGCAAUCCUGAUUUGAGCAAACUUAUAACAAACUGGAUUGGCUCAGAGGACUGGGUCCUUAAUACUGAAAAGCUGGGUGGAUUGAAAAAGUUUGCGGAUGAUGAGGACCUUCAAAAUCAGUGGAGGAUAGCAAAAAGGAACAAUAAGUUGAAAGCUGUGUCGUUUCUAAAAGAAAAAACUGGGUAUACUGUCAGUCCCGAUGCGAUGUUUGAUAUCCAGGUGAAGCGCAUUCAUGAAUACAAGAGACAGCUAUUGAAUAUAUUAGGAAUUGUUUACCGCUACAAGAAGAUGAAAGAAAUGAGCGCAAAAGAAAGGAAAGAAACAUAUGUUCCACGAGUUUGUAUCUUUGGUGGGAAAGCGUUUGCCACUUAUGUGCAAGCCAAGAGGAUCGUGAAGUUUAUUACAGAUGUGGGGGCUACAGUAAAUCAUGAUCCUGAAAUUGGUGACUUAUUGAAGGUAAUUUUUGUUCCUGAUUACAAUGUCAGUGUUGCCGAACUACUUAUCCCUGCAAGCGAGUUGUCACAGCAUAUCAGUACCGCUGGAAUGGAAGCCAGUGGAACAAGUAAUAUGAAGUUUGCAAUGAAUGGGUGCAUCCUGAUUGGGACUUUGGAUGGAGCGAAUGUUGAAAUAAGGCAAGAAGUGGGAGCUGACAACUUUUUCCUGUUUGGUGCUGAAGCCCACGAGAUUGCUGGGCUUAGGAAAGAAAGAGCCGAGGGAAAGUUUAUUCCGGACCCACGCUUUGAAGAAGUGAAAGAAUAUGUUCGAAGUGGUGUUUUUGGGUCUUGUGAUUACGAAGAACUGAUAGCAUCGUUGGAGGGAAAUGAAGGUUUUGGUCGUGCAGAUUAUUUCCUUGUGGGAAAGGACUUCCCCAGUUAUAUUGAAUGUCAAGAGAAGGUCGACGAGGCCUACCGGGAUCAAAAGAAAUGGACGAGGAUGUCAAUACUGAACACGGCGGGAUCAUACAAGUUCAGCAGUGACAGAACCAUUCACGAAUAUGCCAAAGAUAUAUGGAGCAUUAAGCCUGUUGAGUUACCAUAAGCAAAUGACAUGUGUUUAUUCUCAAAUAAAAAAUCCCAGAAUUCAAAUUCGGGUUUUGAAGAACGAGCGUUUGGGUAGUGUUGUAGAGAAUGUUUUAAGUGGUCAGGAAUAAUAUGUAGUUGUCAGGAUGCAUUGCAGUUUAGUCCUAUCCAUUUCAGAUGCAUUUAAGUGAACCUUGUAAUCAGGAUUUUCUCAGUUUAUCAAAAGACCCUGAGAUUGUUACCGUUUAAUAAAAUCUGUUUUGUUGAUGUUUUCACUUUUUA